CAGAGCGGGCCAAAGCAAAAAAAAUAAAUUAAAAAAAAAAAGGAAAUCUUUUCCAAUUUCAAGCAUUAUUUUCUUGCUUAAUUUGUUUAGGGUACCAUGUGGAAAGCUCUGAUACUGGCUGUGUUUCUGAUUGUGGCUGGAGCUCAGCCCAUGGAGGACCCAACAUAUGGGGUAAAGCUCUGUGGCCGCGAAUUCAUCCGGGCAGUCAUCUUCACUUGUGGAGGGUCACGAUGGAGACGGUCAGUCAGGAGUACAAAUGAUGACCUAUUCAGCUCCCAUCAGGAGGAGUCUUCAGAAGGUUUAAAUCAUGGCUUUGUGGUGGAUAGCCUACUCCAAAGAAACAAUGAUCUCAGCUUUGCAUCCAGAGAUGACCAAGAGCGAGUGUUCAGUAGACCUUCCCGUUCUUUCAUCACCGACGAGAUCCUGGAGGCUCUGCGCAAAGCUGACCGUAAAGGCCGGGAUGUGGUGGUGGGUUUGUCCAACGCCUGCUGCAAGUGGGGCUGCAGCAAGAGCGAGAUCAGCUCCCUUUGCUGAGAGCUGAUGGCUGCAACUGGAGUGUAUACACUGGCAGAUAUUUUUUACACAAAUACACUAUUAUGUUUAUUUCUAUUUCCCAUGAAACCUUGUAGUUUUACAUCCUGUGUGUUGAAUGUAAAGAAUGCAGAAUCAGUUUAAAGUAUUUUCUUUUUAAUAAGUGAUUUGUUUUUGCUAACUAAAUGUACUCUAUGCUGACAGAAAAAUAAGUGAUGAGUGUCGUCUUUUCAUUACCAGAUGAAUUAUCGUUGCUGCAACUUAUGAGAACUCAAGGAAAUAAAUGUUUUGUUAAAAAUAAUUUGAGAGCAACUUGUUAAAAAUAACUAGUGUUUGGAAAGGUCUCUUCUUAUUUCUAACAUUGUAUGGACUUCUGUUUUUUUAUUUUGCUUUAAUUUUGUGUACAAGAGAAUGCUCAAUGUGUAUAAAGUUUAGACUCACAAAAACACUGUCAUUAAAACCAUUAACUGCCUUCCUAAUAAAAACGUUUACAUGUCUUCUUUCCUUGCUUGCCAAGCUUAGAAAAUAGUCUGAAAUAUGCUGCAUUUCACACAUAAAUGUUUUGGUUUGGUGGUGGAUUUUUUACUUAACGUGUGGCAAUGUGUGGUUUAGGAUGUGGUUAGGUGAUUUGAAACCAUUACCAUAGUUGCUGCA